UACUGCAAGAACCUUGCUGAAAGCAGUACCAAGUCGACUUUUGCUUCGACACGCGAUUCCAAACGCGCGCCCGCCAAACCGAUUGCGGUACCGCUUACGGUCUCUGGUAUUUACUCUGUACCACCUUGUUUCUUUUCUGAUAGCGCUGUGUUUCACAAACGUGCAGUUUUUCCUUUGGCAGAGUUUUUCAAGGACUGGCCAAUGCCAUAAAGGAACGCCGAUGUCUCAACGUGCGAUGAACGCAACCGAUCAAAACUUGACCGAAAACCAUCGAGCUACCAUUUCUUUUUCCUUCUAGGCAUAAUGUGAAAUUAUAUGAAGGCUCAAUAAAUGAUUACGAAAGUACAAUGCUGUUUGGCAUGUGUAUCAAGUAUAUUUGGAUAGCGGGCUAUUUUUGCUUAAUUAGUGCAGUACCACGGAUUGACCACUCGGACGACUCGCAGGAUUUUAACGACAUCGUUGUUUAUAAUGCAGUCGUUAAAUCAAUGAGAGAAUGGCAGGCGAAGAAAAGUGCCAACAGAACCAAACGGGAAGAACCUUCAGUAUGUUACGAGGGACUUGGCUGUUUCGAUGCCUCCGGCCCUUUUGGAUACCUGGAUAUGUUACCUAGCAAACCCGAGGACAUUAACACACGGUUUCUUUUGUAUCCAGCCAGGAACAGGCAACGACGCAGCAGUUCAGCGCCUACGGAAAUUCCAUUCGAAAAGUUGGACGAAGCUUUCGAAUGGGCAAAAGGCGGCUUCAACAAGAGCCUACCGACCAAAGUGCUCAUACACGGCUUUGGAAGCGACUGCGGCUAUAUUUGGGCGUAUGAAGUACGAAGUGCUCUGAUCGCUGUUGAAGAAGUGAAUACAAUAUGCGUUGAUUGGUCGAACGGGGCCGCUUUGCCCAACUACGUCAAAGCGUCAGCAAACACCCGAUUGGUUGGUAAGCAGCUCUCUUUACUGCUGAGCGGAUUGGUUGAGAAAAAUGGACUUUCUCUGAUGAACACCCACUUGAUUGGCUUCAGCCUUGGGGCGCACAUUGCUGGAUUUGCCGGAGCCGAUUUAGGAAAUCUCAGCAGGAUUACAGGUUUAGAUCCAGCAGGGCCACUUUUUGAAUCCCAAGACACCAGAGCGCGACUGGACGAAACAGACGCUUCUUUUGUGGACGUGAUCCACAGCAAUGGGGAGAAUUUGAUAUUGGGCGGCUUGGGUUCCUCCCAGCCAAUGGGACAUGUGGAUUUUUACCCCAAUGGGGGCCGAAUGCAGAAGGGCUGCAGCCAUUUAUUCGUCGGAGCUGUUAGCGACAUCAUUUGGUCUUCAGCUGUGGAGGGUCGCUCCUUGUGCAACCAUCGCAGGGCAUAUAAAUUCUUCAUCGAUUCAGUAUCGCCUCGGUGCCAUUUUCCUGCCUUUCCUUGCGACUCCUAUGACAACUUUAUUUCUGGAAAGUGCUUUCCCUGCACUGAAGACAGAAAAUGUGGCAAUAUGGGCUAUUACGCGGAUCGCUCUAAAGGUCGCGGCCAACUUUUCCUGAUCACCAGGGAAGAAGAGCCGUUUUGUGCUCACCAAUACCUCGUGCGGAUUGAAACCAGCCCAAGCCCCACCCCAGUGAAAAGCUAUGGGAAAAUCCAGGUUACUUUAAUAGGCGACUCGUUCCUCAACGAGACCUUUAUGCUAACCAAAAAGGAGGACGAAGAAAUGAAGCUGGGAGAGUCGCUGUCCAAGAUCGUGGUUCUUCACCCCAUUUUAUCCCAACCUACGAAAAUCGAGCUACUCUACACUGCGUACAGUGGCUGGCUCUCAUCCGGAUUAACGCAAUGGAAGAUCGACAAAGUCACGCUAAUGGACAGUUUUGGAAAAGUAUCGUCGAUGUGCAAAGAGGCCUUGGUUCUGGAAUCCGGCAUUCCAGUAACGCUGUCCCUACACCCCAAUGAUUGUAAUGAGGCCACAAGUGAAACUGAAGAAGAAGAAAUUCCGAUGCAACAGGCCGAAAAUGUGCAUCCAGGCUAUCUAAGCAACAAAGAGGGUAAAAAUGGUGCCUCUUCAAUCAGCCCAGUCUUCACUGAGGAGGAUUUUGCUUUAGAAUCAACGAAUCUUGUGGAUAUGGAGACGGAAUCCAGUAGGGCUUUUAACAGUCGCGUGAUAAAAGCGGAUAAACUGAACAAGAACAACGUGGAUGGCGACGGAUUGAUUAGGGAAGUAGUGGAACCGAUUCUGAAGACCCAUUCGGUGAAAAAUGGCCGGGCCCACAAUCCAGGCAGGGGAAAAUUGGAGAUUUCCGAACCCAUUCUGGGGCCCACGACUGUCCGUUCUUUUGCGCCAGAGGACCGGAAGGAAACCGAUAAAGAACCCAGCGAUUGGGCUUCGCAGCAAAACACUGGCGAAAAAUGGAAAAGGGAGGACGAGUCGAAAUCGUUGAAGAACUUUGCGUCUGCCCACAGAUCGCAACAAGCGCCAAACGGUACUCCUCUGGAGGCAAUAGUCACCACUGUCCAAUUCCUCCCUCAACGCUUAGCGCGGAUGUUUGAACAAGCUGAAAAGUAUGCAAGGGAAACGAUCCUGCCCCUAGUAAGCACAUACACUCCUCGGUUUAUCUCCGAGUUCAUCGGCCCCAGACAGGAGCCCAAAUAUGUGCCGCUUCACUACGAAGAAGACGAGGUCCAACAGACAUCAUCAUCGAAGCGGAUCUCAACGGAAAGUGGGGCCCGAUCCAGAAACCUGCUGUUGCCACUUCAAGAGGAGAAAACUGCCAAUGAGCAGGUUACAGAAAGAACCUCCACCCCAUAUACUCACAUUCAGAGAAUCACGAAAAAGACUGAACAAACACCCCCCAGCAAUUCGCUGCCCGAGUCAACCAGCAAACGAUCUGAACAUGCCAGCUCUUCCACUUCGUCUUCUCUUAACACUAACACCAGUCCACAAAUCAAUAUAAAAAUCAAUUACGGCCAGUCUGAGCCAGCGGAAGCUCGUGAAGACUUAGCCGAAGUAGUUACCAGUAUUCCGAGCGGUACCAAUGCGACUUUAAUGCAAAGAAUGGCAACCACUUUGCAAAGCAUUCCGGAUAGUUUCGCUAGAAUGCUGGGGCAGAUGCAGAAUUACACCAGAAGGAAUAUAUUGCCGUUGGUGCAAAGCUACUCGCCUAGACGACUUUCCGAUCUUAUAUGGAUUAGACCGAAGCCGACCGGUAUUAUGAAGAUUGAGCGAAAUAGGACCAGCAGUGGCACGAUGCAAGGGCAAAACUUCAGCAUUUCUUGGGAUAUAUCCAGGGACUUUAAUGAGAGCAGUACUGAGGAAGAGAGUGCAGAGGAAACUACCACUGAUUUGCCCUGGACUUCGACUGUGGCUUCCACCACGGAUAGUCGAGAUUUAUCCAGAGGCUACUUUCGUCCAGUGCCCCCAAUAACGGAACCCAUCUCAAGACAGGCCAAGGUUUUGAAAAACCCCGAUAUAAUUCGCAAUACAGUUUUCCGCACGAUAUUUAGAGAUCUGAACGUUACCAUUCAUAACAACAAGGAUAUCCGGACUGAACCGGCAAGUACAACAGUGAAAAGCUUCACAGUGAGUGGAUUUAGCGAUAAAAUUGACGGCGGCAGUCCUCAGCACGUUCAAAGGAUCCCCAAAAGAGGACAAAAGGCGAAUUAUCAUUUACCCCAACCGUUUACCAUUGCCAUUGACCCGAACGACUUAACCACUACCUCAAGACCAACCACUAGCACCACGUUCAAGUCCACUACUCCCAAGGAAUUCGUUUCGUAUGUGCAGAAAAUUCCCAAAAAGAAAACCGUGGGCAAAACUCCCCAGUAUAAAGUGAUAAGGAAUCAUCCUGUGAAGAAGGACUUCAAUAUAGGGAACAGGGUGUUCAAAAUCAAGCACCCGUUGGGCAUCGACCUGCGCUAUCGCAUUAACAGUGAUGGCAAAUAUGAAACAUAUUAAUUAAAUGUACAAAGUAUCUAUAAGCGCAGGAUAAACCUAUGUAUAUAUAGAAUAUAUUCACGGUCUUUUAUAAGAUUGCUAUGAUCGCACAGAAAGAGGCUUCAACUAUUUGGGCAUCUUACAUAAAUAUAGGAAGAAUACUAAAGUAAA